AUGACAGUUAAGCCGCUCGGCACGCCGCCGACAACUUUUGCCGAGAUCACAGCUCAGGAGAAAUCACUGACGCUGCCUCACUUUACCGCUGAAGAUGCCUUUGAGAUCGGCGUCUUGAUCCGGAAUCGACUGAGAGAAGUUGCGGAGCAGGCGGCAGUGAUCAACAUCACCCUCGCGAACAACAAGCAGUUGCUAUUCCAUGCCACCUCAAGACCAGGGACUGUGCCGGAGAACGACAACUGGGUUGCCCGCAAGAGGAACUUUGUCCUGAGAUUUGGAUGGAGCUCCUGGGCGGGCCACAACCUCUUUGACAAGGGCAACGAGGAGAACUUCAAGGCUCGUUUCCAACUGGGAGAGACGGCUGGCGACUACGCAAUUCAUGGUGGUGGCUUCCCUGUCCGUGUCGACGGUGUUGAGGGGCCGAUUGGCGCAAUCGUUGUGAGCGGGCUGGCACAGGAGGAUGAUCACCAGGUUAUUGUUGAGUCCUUGCAAGCUUUCCUGGAAGCGCAGAAGUAG